AGCUAGGGUUCUUGGAGGAGCUGCUGCGCUAUGGCGACAGCGCUGGGCGCUCCGGCUGGUGUCACCGCUCCAUCCACCAGCAAAGGAAGGCCACCGCCCAAAUUCUGCCUUGCAUCCUCUCUCGGGGUAAGUCCGCGGCACUCUACCAGGGAAGUGGAGCCCGAUCUCAAGCUCCACACCUCGAAAUUCGCGGCUGCCAGUGCCAGCUCCAAGUCUGGCAUCUUCUACGCCCAGGCCGCCAAGGAAUUCCUUAGGGUUUUAGACAGCAGCGAGGAUUUCGAGCUCGCGAGCAGGCGGCUGUGUGAAUUCGGGGGCUACCUGGUGCCAUCGGUGGUGGGAAGGGUGCUCCAGCAGCUGGACGAUCUGGACAAGGCGGUCAAGUUUUUCGAUUGGUGCACGGGGCAGCCAGGCUACAAGCACUCGAAAUUCACUUGCAAUUGCCUCCUCAGCGCGUUCGUGAGGAAGAAGAAGGCACAGGAGGCUUAUGACCUCUUCAAGAAUCACCGUUGUGGAUUGUGUUCUCCGGACAGCAUCACGUAUAGCACCUUGAUCAAUGGGUUUUGCAAGGCCCGGGAUUUCCAGCAGGCUUACAGGCUUUUGGAUGAGAUGGAGAAGAGAGGGAUCGUUCCACACAAUGCGGUCUAUAACACGAUCAUCAAGGGACUCUGUGACAAUGGAAGGGUCGACAGUGCGCUCGUCCACUACAGGGAUAUGCAACGCAACUGCGCUCCCUCCGUCAUCACUUACACCAUUCUCGUCGACGCCUUGUGUAAGUCUGCCAGGAUAAGCGAUGCCUCGCUCAUUCUCGAGGAUAUGAUCGAGGCUGGCUGUGCUCCCAACGUCGUAACUUACAACACGCUCAUCAACGGGUUUUGCAAGCUCGGCAACAUGGACGAGGCGGUCGUGCUCUUCAACCAGAUGCUGGAGAACUCGUGCUCGCCGGACGUUUUUACGUACAACAUUCUCAUCGACGGGUAUUGCAAGCAAGAGAGACCGCAAGACGGUGCCAAGCUCUUGCAAGAGAUGGUCAAGUAUGGCUGCGAGCCAAACUUCAUUACUUACAACACACUCAUGGACAGCCUUGUCAAGUCUGGGAAGUAUAUUGACGCUUUCAACCUGGCACAGAUGAUGCUUCGGAGGGACUGUAAACCGAGCCACUUCACUUUCAACUUGAUGAUCGAUAUGUUCUGCAAAGUCGGCCAACUCGACCUCGCAUACGAGCUCUUCCAGCUCAUGACCGAUCGUGGCUGUCUCCCGGAUAUAUACACGUACAACAUUAUGAUCUCCGGGGCCUGCAGGGCAAACAGGAUUGACGACGCUCGGCAGCUUCUAGAGCGCAUGACCGAAGCAGGCUGUCCUCCCGACGUGGUGACUUACAACUCGAUCGUCUCUGGCUUGUGCAAAGCUUCCCAAGUCGACGAGGCAUACGAGGUGUACGAGGUUCUUAGAAACGGGGGCUACUUCUUGGACGUCGUAACGUGCAGCACCCUCAUUGACGGACUUUGCAAGUCGAGAAGACUGGAUGAUGCCGAGAAGCUACUCAGGGAGAUGGAAAGAAAUGGGAGUGCUCCAGAUGUGGUGGCUUACACCAUCCUCAUCCACGGCUUUUGCAAGGCAGACCAGCUGGACAAGUCACUGGCGUUCUUCUCGGAAAUGCUUGACAAGGGAUGCGUGCCCACGGUGAUAACGUACAGCAUUGUCAUAGACAAGCUCUGCAAGUCUGCUCGCGUGAGGGACGGCUGCAUGCUGCUGAAGACCAUGCUGGAAAGGGGCGUGACGCCAGACGCUAUAGUUUACACCAGCGUGAUCGAUGGACUAUGCAAGUCCGAUUCCUACGACGAGGCUUACGAGCUCUACAAGUUAAUGAAGCAAACAGGCUGCGCUCCUACGGUGGUUACGUAUAAUGUGCUCGUCGACAAGCUCUGCAAGGUUAGCAGGCUGGACGAAGCAAUACAUUUGCUAGAAGUCAUGGAAAGUGACGGAUGCCUGCCAGACACGGUCACCUACAACUCAGUUUUCGAUGGAUUUUGGAAGUCAGCGGAGCAUGACAAAGCCUUCCGGCUUUUCCAGGCGAUGAAGUCACGGGGAUGCUCUCCGACGCCAUUCAUGUACAGCUUACUCUUGACAAAGCUUGUCGCCGAAGAAAAGAUGGACCAGGCGAUGGAGAUUUGGGAGGAGGCACUUGAGGCUGGAGCCGAUGUGGAUCCCGAGAUUAGCCGAACGUUACAACAAAACAAGCGGUGAAAACAGACCAGAAGGGAAGCGUUCGUUUGCUGACUGGCAGGGAUGGAACAGUGGCCAUUGGAGGAGAUCAUUAAAAACUAUUGCACCGCAAGUUCCAUGAACGGUCGCGUGGAGGUGCGGGUGAAUUUGACGACUCUGUAAUCCCUCUUGGACCCCGUCUCUGUGCUGGCCUACAUAAGGAUAACUUCGUCUCAUUCGGUUCGCUCUACUGACAGCGGCGGCUGUGUCGAGCAAGAGGAAGGGCUUCAAAAGAGUACAGAGUAGAGGGCAAGCAAUCGGCUUCUCAAGUGGUGCAUGCUAGCGAAGAAGCUUACAGCGUGUUUCUCCAAGAUGGGGGAGUCUCAGCCAGUGCCAAGGAUCAGGCGACGCAACAAGCAGCCGCAGAUGAGGCUGCUCGAGUUCUAUGUGAUCUCAGCUCAGGAGCUCAGAAGAGUCCGCAAAGACAUGAACUGCUUCGUCGUGGCCUACGUCUCCGCGGACAAGAAAGUGAAGACAGAGAUCGAUUUCGAGGGGAUAACGGAGCCGACAUGGCAGGAGAAGCUGAGCUUAGAGGUGGAAGAGGCGGCUUUCAAGGAGGAUAGCAACUCGCAGCUCACGUUUGAUAUCUUCUGCCCGGGGUUUCUGCGGGACAAGCUCGUGGGGACUGUGAGAAUCUCGCUGGUGGACGCCGUCAAGCCUUCCAACCAGCCGUAUCCGAUCAGCUCCUACCUGGUUUUCACUCCGGACGGCGACUCGCAAGGCAUGCUCAACGUCUGCGUUGCUCCCGGCGGGGUGUUUCCGAAACGCCUGGAUUUCUUGAGCUUCAAGAGAGUGAAGAGCAUUCACGGCACUCAGCUGGAGGCGGUUCCUUCUUUCAAGAAGUUCGAGGCCGAAGAAACCGAAGAAGAAUCGGGAGAACGAGUAUCAUUUCCAGGAGGGAUAGUAGCAAAUCUUCCAGGAGGAACUCUCGGAUAGUGGUCAAUCAGUAAUAAAUUCUUUGUGGCGGCUGGGUGGAUGGGCGAUUU